AUGGGUCGCGAGUGGCAGCGAGACUAUCUGCACCGCCCUCAGUGGCAAUCUGAUCGGCCCCUAUCGAACGACAAUGCCUUCAACAAUACGAGAUAUCAUCAACAACAGGAGCACCACGAUCUCCAUGAGCAGCCCAGCGAUUUAUCACGGCCACUAAGCAUUGAUCGGGCACUUCGUGAACAAUGCAGGAUCCCAGCCCAAUUCUACUUUGUCUCUGCAAUAUUGGACAGUGGAGAAGCCGUGACAUUUUCAGGGCCUACAGAGUACAAAGAGAAGAUACCGGAAUUCUUCAGCAUGGAUAAAUGGGUGCAUUGCGUUACAGGGAAUUCGCCGCCAGCUCAUUUUCUAGAAGACCAGGAUGCUAGUUUCAAUGAUUAUUCUCGUCCGGAGGCUCGCCCUUAUAGCCGCCAGGGACAGGUUCCUAUCACUGCCCAAGGACUUGGAAUUGGCAUGGAGUAUGAUGGACGACGCCCUACGGAACGUCGACGCAUGCAAGGGUUUAGCCCUUUCGAGGAAGAAGUCAACCGGCAGCGAAAGCGGCUGAAAGCUGGCACUUCCCGACAGGCUGCGGAGAUGAUCGAUGAGCUACCCGCACGGACUACGCAACCCACCAAAAUGCCUGUGCAAGUCCAGGACCAGCAGGCAAUCUGGAAUAUCUACGAUCAGCGGUUCCGCAGUCUUCAGCAAACUGCCUGCAAGCUCAUUGCAAAGGCUUGGGUCAAGCUCGUUGAGCCGAAGAAGCAGUCCACCCACCCUUACACGGGCAGUGACGAAAAAGCACCAGAUUGGUGGCCAAAGCCAUGGGGGCCAUCCCGGGAUGAGAGGGUCCGUCACAAGGAGCCCGAUCAUCUGUACAAAAAGGAACGCGUUCAUCUUCUGAAGCACAUUCUGCGCAUGGUUGUGUUGCCAGUUGCCAAGCAGCACCCAGAUAUUCAGAAGCUUCACCUGAACGUGGCCAAGCUUGAGGAAGCCACAAACGAGGCGCUUUCGAGCUUCUUCGCCGACAAGGAUGCCCCGAACAAUGCACGAAAGCGGCCAUAUUUGAGAGAGAUAUUCCUUCUCGCAAGAAAUGAGGAGAAAUACCUCAAAGACGAAAUAGACGGUUCAACGAGUGUGUAUGUCAUGAGCGACGAUAAGAUUCCAGACAACUAUCUGUCAGACAACGAGGAUGCGUCUCCGAUGAAAGAAGACGAAGAUGAUGCGAUGUCUGUCACGAUGCUUUCAGCUCAUCGACCGAGCGCCGCUCAAGCAAUAAUGCAGUCUUCUGGUGGUUCGUCUUCUGGCCUGUCCUCGACAGUCUCUCCAACAGGACCUAGCGAGCACAGCUCUGGUAAUACCCUACCAUCUGGUCCCGCAGGACAGCCGUUCUUGGGAGAGCUUCCCCAUCGCAGUCACCCGCCGUUCCCACCUCCACUCUUGUUACAUCCCGACAUUGGAGGCGAGCAGCAUGCAAGUUACGUGGACAGCAGCGGUGGCAUUGCGGUUGGCAGUGGCCAGGGCUCGAUGGCAGGCGGGCAUAGUAGCUUGCCUCUGCAAGAAAUGUGUCCUGAUCCUCACGAUACUAGCAGACGGUCGUCGCUCUUCAGUCCGACGGGCGAGUUUGGCGGUACGACAACGACGCCUUCUGUGUAUCAAGCUUGGCAACACGGUACAACUGCUCCAAGCGCUUCGCCAUUAUAUGCCUUUACGCCGCAGCAAGCUCAAGCGCAGGCACAAUCUCAGCACGGCUCUUUUGUUCCGCAAUCUUCGGUUUCCAUACCCCCUCAGGGGCCGCCAGGGUAUAUCGGACACCCUUUUGACCUUCCUCGAAACUCGUAUGAGACACCCCACGAUGGCUUGUUCCGUCCUGGCAACGUACCGGCUCCUGGUACCGUUAAUGCGCAAGGUGGCUACCCUCUACACUUGACCCAACAUGAAGCAAGGAUUGUGCCGCCACACAGCCUGAAGGUAGAACAGACUAGGAGCCAUUUGCGCUAG